UUAUCAUUCAGUGAACGUAUAACAAUCAAUCAAAUUCCAAUGUAUAACAAUAUUUUGCAUAGCAGAGAGAGAGAAAAUCUCAAGGGAAAUUAUUAUGCGGUAUAUAGUUGUUUAUACUACUAAUCAAAUACAGACCAGGUGAGAAAUAAUCAAUUGACUAUUGAAAGCAGAGAUGGUCAAAGCAAAGCAUCAAAAAUCCAAACCCAACAAACAAUCCCAUGCUAAAAAGCACGGAAAACAGGCUGAUAUUUCUGAAUUUCGAGCUCAGCUUGAUGCAUUGGGCUUAAAGAUUAUUCAAGUGACAUCAGAUGGAAAUUGUUUCUUCAGGGCAUUAGGUGAUCAGUUGGAAGGCAAUAAGGAGGAACAUGAGAAAUAUCGAGAUAUGACUGUAAAAUUUAUCAGGAAUAACCGUGAUACAUUUGAGCCUUUUAUUGAAGAUGAUGUACCAUUUGAUGAAUAUUGUGAGUCCAUGGAGAAGGAUGGCACUUGGGCUGGACAUAUGGAAUUACAAGCAGCUUCUCUUGUUACUCAUACCAAUAUAUGCAUUCACCGACAUAUGUCACCUCGCUGGUACAUACAGAAUUUUGACAACCGUCAGUCUCAAAUGCUUCAUCUUUCUUAUCACGACGGAGAGCAUUACAAUAGUGUCCGGCUGAAGGAAGAUCCUUGCACUGGACCAGCUAGCCCAAUCAUUAUCAAGGCUGAUGCUGAUCUUUCAGCAAAAUCUCGUGAAGCUAUAGCUGCUGCUAAGUCUAAAGGAGACACUAGUCGAAAUAUGGUUCAAGCAGGAUCAAUCAAAGUGGUUAUGGCUGGAAGUGGGUGUGAUGAUAGGGAAAAAGUGGAGCAGGUUUUACGACAAGUUGGUGCUGAUGUUGAUGCUGCAAUAGAAUUUUUAAUCACAGAACAAGGAUCCGAUGACCAGUUAAAUGCAAAUGAUAACUUUUCUUGUCUGACAAGCAUUUCACAAGAAGAGCAUGAUAUCAGAUCUGGCGACUCACCUUGCAAAAAAGGUUCCUCGGACUGUAGUGUAAAAGGAGCUUCUGAUAAACAUACCUCCCAGGAAGAUGAAAAGAAAAUUCCAAGAAAUAAGGCCUGUCCCUGCGGUUCAAAGAAGAAAUACAAGUCUUGCUGUGGAUCUGUUGCUGGGAAAAAUCCCACUAUCUACACAGUCAAUCACACAAUUGGUUAUGGAAAGGGCCGCAGAGACAAGAAGCAAGGAAAGAAAGUUCCACCUGUCAAUGUUGUGAGUUCAAAACAAUCUGAUGGUAGGCCGCCUGACAUGGGCGCUCUCUGUAUAUAGGCUGUAUUUUGAGGUUUUUCCAUGUUGAUACCAUCUUCUCCUAUGAUUUAGAGCAUGGAUGGGAUGCCAUAUCUUUCCUAUGGAUGACUCACAAGUCACAAGCAUGAUUUCUGGAGGCUUGAUCUCCUGAAGUACUAUACUUUAUAUUUCGUAGUUGCUGAUUAUUUGAUAUAUUGCCUUGGAGGACCAUCAAAAAUGCUACAGUGCUUUGUGAUCCAAGGACUUGAUUCAUUGGAAGUGAGAACGUGGAGGUGAGAAUCCAAGAGGAAUUUGAAUCAACUGAUUAUAUUUGUGAGGAAUGGACUUCCAUUCAUUUUCAGGAGUACCUUGGUAUUCGAUGGGGCAACACACGGAUCCUAUGUUAUAUUCUUCAUGACUUAAACAUAUCUAGUUUCCAGUCCUAUUUCUGCUUAGUUGCUUUGGUAAGUUGGAGUGAGAAGUGUGAACUGGAACCAGCUCAAUUUUUCUGGAGAACAGUGGACUUACUCAACAAAAUCCAGCAUUUCCUUGAGAUAUUGAACUAAAUGAAAUAUGGAGUAUGGGAGAAACUGAAUUGGUUGCAUAUAGAAUGCUUGUUGGUGCCUUAACAGCAAUUUUCCCUCUUAGACUGGUGGUAUAGUUUAUAUUUUUAACGGCGUCAACAUUUCUUCAAUUUUUGUGAUGUUUUUAAGUAUUUGCUUUAAUGCAUUGCUGUUGCCUCAGUGAAAUAGGUAACUUGGGUCUUCCAGUGUUUCCUUCAAAUCAUUUGGUGUUGUUAAAAUUACUCCCACGGUGGAUCCUCCGAUAUCCAGCAAUUCUAAGAUUUAUAUUUUACAUUAACGAUGUAAAUGAUUUUUAGACUAUCAAGUAAUUUUACCUGUUGUGAUGCC